AUGCGAUUUUUCAGCCUUCAUCGCCGAAGCCACAGUAAAGAGAAAGAGAAAAGAAAGAGCCUUUCCUUGCCUCUUCUGCGCCCUCGCUCCACCGAAAGACCAGGAACAACCGAGUCCACUACCACUACGACUCCCGCUCUCACUCCCACAAUAACAAUAACAGCUACUACCGCGGCCACGACACCUACCACGACGACCACGACACCUACCACGACGACCACGACGCCAGCCACGCCCCCACGCACGACGACUCCUCACAGAACUGCCAUCGAUUCACCAGACAGUCACUGUUCCGACCAGUGCACCACUCCGCGAACCCAAAUCGGUCCUACCGAUGAUUAUGCCCUGAAUCCUCCAGAGGCUUCUGCGCCGACUGAACAGCUUGAACAGCAGCACCAAAUGACUGGUGGCGUCGACGGGAGAGGAGGGCUAGGGUCGCUUCAACUUCCGACGCCGCAUUCACGAGCUCCCGAUCGGCACGCCCUUGCACCCGUCGUGGAUGAUAUCCGGUCUCGGGACUCGGUGCGCAAGCCCUCCAGGCUUUCUUCCGAGGUCAGCUUCAACGAUAGCCCUUCCAGCGAACCGACAACUGAAGAGAGGAACUUGCAGGCAGAGAAUGGAAAGAGGACAGUGGGGAAUUUGCAGCAGAGUAAGAUGGAUCCGUCCGAGGCACAACGGCAGCUAAGUCAAUACCGUUUGCACUUGGCCCGCGAGAUGGAAAAAAGAGAGAUUGGUGCGGCAACGGAGAACCGGCUGCCCAUCCCGGGCCCGGCACGCGUGUCUCCUAUUCAGGAGGAGGCCAGCAGUCCUUCGCCACAGCUCCCCCAGAGCGACAGCGAGCCAACCACGACAUCGACCGAGUCUGGGAACACCAUCCGCGGCGGUGUCACCCCCGGCUUGACGGCCAGAACUCCUUCGUACCCCUUCCCGCGCAUGGCAUCCUCGCCCGGCUUUCCGUACAUUGGCCCGCCAUUACACCGCCCGUUUACCACGCUCUCACCAACUACUUUUCUGUCUACGGGGGCUCAGGUCUCGUUUGCCGGCAUCCAGGGUCUUGACCAUUCUGUCUCCAACCCCUCUACUCCUGCCUCAGCAAUGACCUUUCUGCCUCCAGGGUGCUCCGCUACUGAGCAUGGUGAAUUUUCGACGCCCAAUCUAUACGACUUGACACUCAUGCUUUCGGCCGAGCCGGGCUUGGAUGCAUGGUGGCACACAGUUGUUCAGAUUAUGACCGAAGUGUACAGGGCUGAAAGGGUAACCCUGGCUGUGCCUGCCGAUUCGACGGAUAUUGAGAACGUGCCAUGGGGGCAAAAGGCAACCUACAACGCCCACCAGGAGGAUGGCCUCAGCCUAGGCUAUCUUGCUAGAGGCUCGAGCUUUGUCCACAGCAGUACCGACGAUAUCACCGACCUCUAUCAGAACAACGAUGAAUCUCUCAAGCCCAGGGGCUUAGCGCGCCCUGGCCUGCCGAGCCGACACUCGUUCUCUUCAUUUGAAGACAACAAGGACAAGAAGGAGUCGGUUGAACGAACGCCAGCGACACCCCUUCGGCCACCAAUGGCAUCGCGAAGCAAGACUACUCACCCAGGUGUUGGACGCGAUCGAGAUGUGAUUGAGGAUGAGGAUGUUGCCGUGAGCUUGAAUCGUGAAGCUUUGGCAGAGCAUGACGCCCUUGAGGGCCAGCAGCCCCCCAUUCCAAGCUGGGAAGCACCAAUCACCAACAGGAGAGAAGGGCACGGGAAGCUCUUGAAUGUUCUCCAGGCAUUGGAUUACGAGGCCGAUCCAUUAAUCGACCACAAUGGGGUAUUGCGGGUUUUGGAACGUGGUCGUGUUGUUGCUCUUACUAGGUCAUACCCGUAUCUUGCACAAACAUCGUCAAUCGACAGCAAAGCCGCUGAUCCCAAAGUAGCGACGCGCAGCCAGUCGCCAGAGGGGCCACGGAAAAAAAUCAAGAAAAUUCGCACGCGAUCCGAGUCAACUACCAAACUCUCUGCGCUUCUGGGCAGUGCGACUUUGUCAACCGCCGCAGGUAGGACCUCGGGCGGGCAAGGCUUGGAGAAGAAAGCUACCGGGAUCGCCUCUCGCUUAGAUGACGAACACCCAAGACCCCCGACACCCAAGUAUGAGGAGUACGAGCAGGCACCGCCAUCUCCGUGGUCUCAAUCCCCAGCCCCUUCCCCCGCUGUGAGAGCUGACCCUAGCGAAAAUCCUUUCUUCACGGAUGCCAUGGUCGAUGAGGAGUCAUUCAAUCCAGGUUCGGCUCCUCCUGACUACUCAGCUCUGCAACCACCUGAGGCUAUUGGGGUUGACAACUCGUGGACGGUGUUGCAUAUCCCUCUAAGCCAUGUCCUACUGUCGAAACCUCAGCAGCCAGGCUUCAAACUGGAUUCGGCGUUUUUGGAGCAAAAGAUGUCACAACGGGGCAAGUCAGGACACACGCCGACAAUUCCUACGCCCUACCAAGAACCUCCCGCCAAGGAAAAGCACGCCCCGAUUGCGAUCUUGUCUAUACUCAGCCCUAUUAUCCCGUAUCCCUCCAAUCUACGCCACUCGUUGGAGCACUUGGCACCACAUCUGGCCACAUCCUUCUCUCUGUGUCGGCACUAUACUAACCUCGAAACGGAGCUGAACGGUCUACAGAAGCGAAGGCCGCAGACGGUUGGCUUCGGUGCGCUGGGUCCUGACGGACGUCCGCUGGCUGAUCCUACCGCUCUUACAAUGGGAUACCUCCCAACCGACGAUAGCAUCUCUCAGCAGUCGCCCGCUGGCAGCAUAACCAGUCCUAGCGACUACUCUGGUCCCUCCCGCAGUACCAUACACUCUCCGAAUGGGACGCCUACUUGGGAUUCCUCGGCAUUGAGUCAUUUGAUGGGCAAAAGGUCUUCCUCUGCCAGCCCAGCUCCUAUCGCCGCCGGUGACAGUUACUUUACCACCAAGCCAAAGUCUGGAGUUACCGGUGUUGGACAACGAACCAAGACAGCAUCGAGAGAAAGUAAUACCCUCGAAAGGAAGGGCUCCUUGAAGAUACCUGGUGGGAAGUCUCAUUGGCAGGAUGCAGCUGGCGUCGCUCCUGUGUCGCAGGAGUCUCAAGGAAGCGGAGAAAGCAGCCGCCGGAGCAUUGAUGAAUCUUCGCCGGCAAGCUCACAGCAGAAGACUACCGUCCUCAAAGAGCAGCGGGAAGAAAGAGGCAGCAUCGCAAGCAGUCAGUCGGCCGAGUCCCAACGGAGAAAGCCUGCUGGUACUCCUACAGGUCAGCAUCGGCACACGCAGUUGCACUCAUAUGGCGCCGACUUUGCCACCACCUUCCAGUCGCUUCCUCCGAGCUCCACCGUCGGCAAAGGUAUAUCCCAGGGCGCAACGGCAUCUAGGCAAGGAUCGAUAUCAUCGACGGAAAUGACACCACCAUCGGACAAGCUCAAAGGCCUUAUCCUCGACUCUCUGCCCGCUCAUGUCUUCGUGGCCCUUCCGCAAACGGGUGAAAUCGUCUGGGUGAACAGUCGGUUCUUGACGUACCGCGGGCAAACCUCUGGUGAUCUGGCCGCAGACCCUUGGGGAAGCAUCCAUCCUGAUGACAGAGAAGACUAUCUUAAAAAAUGGAGUGCCUCUGUCCGCACUGGCGAUCAAUUCUCAACUACCGUCAGAAUUCGUCGCUUCGACGGGGCUUAUCGGUAUUUCUACGCGCGGGCUGUCGCCUCCAAGGACAAGAGGGGUGUUAUCUUGCAGUUCCUGGGUUCAUAUAUGGAUAUCCAUGAUCAGCAUGUCGCAGAGCUCAGAGCAGCACGGCAGGAAGAGAUCGAGGUAUCGGAGGCAAAACAUCGUUUGCUUGCUAACUUAAUCCCCCAGAUCAUCUUCACUGCAACUGAAGACGAGGGUAUCACUUUCGCGAACGAGCAAUGGCUUUCUUAUACCGGACAAAGCUUUGAUGAUGUUCUCGGACUUGGCUUCAUGGAUUUCGUGCACCCAGAGGAUCUGGCUAAAUGCCGGAUUCCCCCCGAACGACCUACUUCACCGCAUGUCAGGCAGGACAAGACGAGGCAUGACCAUUCGCCUUCGCCCAGCAAGUUUGGCAUGGCCGCUAUGGGCAAACAGCCUGCUACCCCCAACGUUGAAAAUGUUCCGGGGCUAGUACACCCAGCUCUCACCAGACACAGCAGUAGCGCCAGCAGUUCUGCUAACGAUCUCGCGGGUCCUAAUCUGUCCGAGCUUGCCAGGCAGGGAGUCAUCAAAAUCAGCACCGACAGCAAGGGCCAGCUCUCAUACACAACAGAGAUUCGACUUCGUUCCAAGAGCGGCGAGUACCGCUGGCAUCUCAUUCGAUGCGUUGAGAUUGACAAUGUCGACUUUGGUAAUGGCGCCAGCUCUUAUUUCGGCUCUGCCACUGAUAUCAACGAUUUGAAGCUUCUGGAGACCAAGUUAAAGGAGGCUAUGGAGUCGAAGAGCCGUUUCCUUAGCAACAUGUCGCAUGAGAUCCGAACACCUCUUAUCGGCAUUUCUGGUAUGGUCAGUUUCCUUCAGGAUACCACACUCAACGAGGAGCAACGUGAUUACACAAAUACCAUUCAGACCAGCGCCAACAGUUUGAUCAUGAUCAUCAACGAUAUCCUGGAUCUUUCCAAGGUUGAUGCAGGCAUGAUGAAGUUGAACUACGAAUGGUUUCACACGCGCUCUCUCAUUGAGGAUGUCAACGAGCUGGUCUCCACCAUGGCGAUCGCCAAACGUCUCGAGCUCAACUAUGUUGUCGAAGAAGACGUGCCUGCAUGGGUCAAGGGUGAUAAGGUCCGGAUCCGCCAGGUCUUGCUCAACGUCAUCGGCAAUGCCAUCAAGUUCACUAAUGAAGGAGAGGUAUUCAGCCGGUGCAAGGUUGUUGUUCCUGACGAUGGCCCUUUGCACGAGAACGAGAUUAUGCUUGAGUUCUCCAUCAUUGACACUGGAAGAGGCUUCACCGAGGAGGAAGCCGAGUUGAUCUUCAAACCUUUCAGCCAGAUUGAUGGAAGCAGUACCCGCCAACACGGUGGAAGUGGCCUAGGCUUGGUCAUUUCGCGCCAACUGGUCGAGCUACACGGCGGCAAGAUGGACGGCACGGCGGUGCUAGGAAAGGGAUCAACCUUCACCUUUACCGCAAGGUUUGGGCUUCCGACAGAAUCCGACAACCCUGACCUGGCUGCAGCACCUGCGCCUACGCCAGGCCUCAUACCGGAAAUGAACAUUCGCCGUCGGUCCUCCAUGGUAUUCCCUCACAGUAGGCCAUCUCUCACUUCCGCACCCUCAUCAGGCUCAGUGGUGCCUGUCGAGUCUGACACUAGAUCGCCGACAGCAGUCUCCACCAGUAGCUCGGAACCGUCUAUCCACUCGUCACGCACCCAAGCCACUGAGCGCUCAUCCAUGUCGUCUGUUAACGUUGGGUCCUUAGCACGAUUUAGCGAGGCAGCUCGUGCCAGUGGGCACGAUUUGUCCCAGAUGAAGCUUGAGAUGCCUCAUGGCAGAGGAGGAAGCGGCUCCGACGCGGGCACUACCCCAACGCCUAGCAAUUCCAGCAACGAGCGUCUGUCGAGACCUACCAACAAAGAGGCCGGUGGUUCUGAAGAUAGCGAUGGGUUUCACGCACCCCUGUUCUCCAUCUUGAUCAUCUGCCCUCAAACGCACAGCCGCGAGGCCACGACGAAGCAUAUCGAGAUGACGCUGCCAAAGGACAACCCUCACCAGAUCACAGCGGUCGCAUCUGUUCAGGAGGCGCGCAAGCUGAUUGGUGGUGAGGACCCCGUCUUCUUCACGCACGUGGUGGUCAACCUUCCGACACCUGAGCAGAUCAUUGAGUUGAUGGGCCAAGUCCAGCGCUCAAGCAUGAUUGGCCGCGGCGUCACCAUCCUGAUUCUCUCCGACUCGGUGCAGCGACAGGCGGUUCUGAAGCAGGUAGCCGGUACCCAGUAUGAGGACAUUCUGUCUGAGAACCGGGUGACCUAUAUCUACAAACCUGUCAAGCCAUCACGGUUUGCGGUGAUCUUUGAUCCGGCCAAGGAGCGUGAUCUCAGCAUCGACCGGAACAGAUCAACGGCAGAGCAGUUGGUGGAGAACCAGAAGCAGAGCUACCUUGAGGUGGAGAAGCGCAUGGGCAACAAGGGGUACAAAGUCCUCUUGGUUGAGGAUAACUUGGUCAACCAAAAGGUGCUGCAAAAGUAUCUCAAGAAGGUCGGCGUGGACGUGGAGUUGGUCGCAGACGGAGUAGAGUGCACUGAUGUCGUGUUUUCGCGGCCUCAUGAUUACUUUUCGUUGAUCUUGUGCGAUCUCCACAUGCCACGCAAGGACGGAUAUCAAGCCUGCCGCGAAAUCCGCGAGUGGGAAGCCAAGGGCAAAUUCCCAGGAAGGUCGUUACCCAUCAUCGCCCUGUCGGCGAACGUCAUGAGUGACGUCCAGGAUAAGUGUCUCCAAGCAGGGUUCAACGACUACGUGACGAAACCUGUCGACUUUAUCAACCUGAGUAAUGCUCUCUCGAGGUUCUUCUAA